GAUGAACUUAAGAUUCCAUUCUCAUCCUCCCAGCUGUGUCCCCACAGACCUGGGCCUUCUGCUGCCACCAUGGCCAAAAGCGGAGAGGCUCUGCCUCAGGGCACUCCAGCACCAGUCCAGGAUCCCCACCUCAUCAAGGUGACAGUGAAGACGCCCAAGGACAAGGAGGAUUUCUCAGUUACGGAUACCUGCACCAUCCAGCAACUGAAGAAAGAGAUAUCCCAGCGCUUUAAGGCCCACCCUGAUCAGCUGGUUCUAAUCUUCGCUGGCAAAAUCCUCAAGGACCCUGACUCACUGGUGCAGUGUGGAGUUCGAGACGGCCUCACUCUCCACCUGGUCAUCAAGAUGCAGCGCCGGGCCAUGGGCACUGAGUGCCCAGCUGCUUCUGUCCCUGCCCCAGGCCCAAGUCCUGGAUCGCUCCCUCAGUCCAGAUCCAUUUUCCCAGGAGAGGGGACUCCCGCCUUCAGCUUAGGUGUCCUCACAGGACUCAAUGGGCUGGGCCUAACCCCCGGCAGCUUCCCUGACCAGCCAAGCUCACUGAUGUGGCAGCACGUAUCUGUACCUGAGUUUGUGGCUCAGCUCAUUGAUGAUCCCUUCAUCCAGGGUCUGCUGUCCAACACAGGCCUGGUGCGCCAGCUGGUUCUUGAUAACCCCCACAUGCAGCAGCUGAUCCAGCAUAACCCUGAAAUUGGACAUAUUCUCAACAACCCUGAAAUCAUGCGGCAGACACUGGAGUUUCUACGUAAUCCUGCCAUGAUGCAAGAGAUGAUGCGUAGCCAGGACCGGGCGCUCAGUAACCUGGAGAGCAUCCCUGGUGGCUACAAUGUGCUUCGCACCAUGUACACAGAUAUCAUGGACCCAAUGCUUAAUGCAGUACAGGAGCAGUUUGGUGGCAACCCCUUUGCCACUGCCACUACUCCUAAUGGCACCACCGGUAGCAGCCAACCUUCAAGGACAGAGAAUUGUGACCCUCUCCCCAAUCCUUGGACUUCUACCUAUGGAGGGUCAGAUGGCAGGCAAGGAAGGCGUCUUGGGGACCAGGAUUCUGAAAUUAGGAAUAGGGUUCCAAGCUUUCUGGGUAAUAUGGGGCUGUAUGACUACCUCCAGCAAUUACAUGAGACCCCCCAAUCCCUGGGAACCUUCCUGCAGGGGACCACAUCCACCCUCGGCCCAAGCCAGGAACGACCACCACUAAGAAACAGAGUUCCCCCAACUUCACCCUCAUCUCAGGAACCUGAGUCAGGCCAGCCUCUCCCCAAGGAGUCAGUGGCAAUCAAGGAAAAGGCCACCUGCCCAGGUUUCAUGAGAUAUCCCACAGAGAACAGUACUGGACAAGGUGGAGGCCUAGAUGGUGCAGGCAAAAGCUCUACGGGACACAGCACAAACUUGCCUGAUCUUGUCUCAGGGCUGGGGGAUUCUGCCAAUAGAGUUCCAUUUGUUCCUUCACCACCUUCCUUCUUGGCAGCCACUCCUGAAAUCUCUGAGCCUCCCUGGCUGCCACCACCAGCUUAUCCAAGACCUCUAAGGCCAACUGGCGUGAGUCAGGUCCCACCAUUGCAGGAUGAGAUGCACCGACAGCUGCCGUUGUUGAUGCAUCUUCAGGCAGCCAUGGCAAACCCCCGUGCCAUGCAAGCCCUGCUGCAGAUUGAACAGGGUCUGCAGAUCCUGGCUACUGAAGCACCUCGCCUCCUACUCUGGUUCAUGCCUUGCCUAGCAGGGAUGGGGAGUGCGGCAGGUGGUACAGAGUCUAGAGAAGGUGUCUUUACGUCUGAAGACCCACCCCCUCCCCCAGCUCGUGAGGUGUCCCCAGCACAGAGCACUGCAGAGAUGGGCUUCCAUUCUACUCCUCUCUUCCAGAUGUUGCAAGCUUUAGUUAGUGCUAAUCCCCAGCAGCUGCAGCCUGAGGCUCACUUCCGGGUGCAGCUGGAGCAGCUGCGGGCCAUGGGCUUUCUGAAUCGUGAAGCCAAUCUUCAGGCCCUCAUUGCCACGGGGGGUGACGUGGAUGCUGCUGUGGAGAAGCUGAGGAAAUCAUAGGAGCCCUAGUCAUUCAGGCUAUAUGUUUUUCUCUGCCUUUACCCCAUAUCCUAUUACCCUGGUGUUCCCAUUCUUGAAUACAGCUGCACUAUAAACCAAAUUUACUAUGAUGCCCUUUACUGCAGAGACAAUGUUGUUCCAGAGUCAAUGAGGAAGACAAAGUGCCAGAAACAGGGUGGGGGUUCUGUGUGUGACUCAACCACCCCACCACUGUACCACUGUGGGGCCCCCGUCUGAGCUCUGCUUAUGCCGUGUCUUGAGAUGCAAUUACAUCCGCCCUCCAGUGU